AUGAAGACUUCUCUGAUUGCGUUCGGUACCCUCCUCGGCCUGACCUCUGCCCAGAAUGCCAUCGUGAAUAACGACUGUAGCACCACCGUGUACGUGCAGUCGUUCCCCUACGAUGGCAGCGCCCCCGGCCCUCUGACCACCAUUCCCUCGGGCGGAACAUUCUCGGAGAAAUUCAGAGCCUCUGGAUCGACCAUCAAGAUCACCAAGACCAAAACGCUGGAUAAGCCUCUCUUCUUUGGCUAUUCAUUCUCUUCUAACCCAGACUAUGCGUACUAUGAGCUGAGCACCGAAUGGGGUAACCCCUUCGCGGCAAACCACAACACGCUGAGCCCCGGAGAAGGCUGCGAGGAAUUUGACUGCGCAGCCAACGAUGCUGGCUGCUACAGUACGCCGGCUCACAAGAAGGUCUAUGGUUGUCCCCAGCCGGUUACUUUGACGGCGUCACUGUGUGUAUAACCAUCUAUCUUUCAUACACUAUACAACGAUUUAGGGGGAUGGUUAUCACUCUGCUUGCUUCCCUGAAACUAUCACACUCUAUCAAGGUCUUUUGCAAAAGUAAAAUGUGUGAUAUACACGGCUAUUGGCCCCGCCUAGUCCUAUGAACCAACCGUACCUUUUAGUCUUAAUCAACAAGAAUCCGAUCGGUAGUAGUCU